AUGAAUUAUUUUUUGGCUAUGCUCUCCUUUACUCACCUUGUCGUGUGCUCUAGUACAAUCCCUAAAUCUCUCUGCAUCUUGUGUUUUCAUCUCAAAGAAAUCAAAUUUGAAGAAUGCCUAAUCCAGAUGUUCCUGGUCCAUACCUCCACAGAGAUGGAGUCUGGGGUGCUCAUGCUUAUGGCCCUGAACUGCUACAUGGCCAUAUGUUAUCCUCUGCACUACUCAGCUAUCCUCACCCAACCUGUCAUUGCAAAGGCUGGGCUUGCAACUUUCCUGAGAGCAGUGUUGCUCAUCAUACCCUUGAUUUUCCUUACCAAUCACCUGCCCUACUGCAGAGGAAAUAUAAUUCCCCACACCUACUGUGACCAGCUAUCUGUAGCCAAAUUAUCCUGUGGAAAUAUCAAGGCCAAUGUUAUCUAUGGUCUGACGACUGUCUUCCUGAUCAGGGGCUUUGACAUCCUGUGCAUCACAGUCUCCUACACCAUGAUACUCUGGGCAGUGGUCAACUUAUCCUCAGCAGGCACUCGGCAGAAGGCCUUCAGCACCUGCACUGCCCACGUACUGCCCAUCUGUGCUAUUGUUUUCUCCUACAGUCCUGCCUUAUUUUGUUUCUUUUUAAAUCACUUUGGGAGCCAUACAAUUCCUCCAUCUUGCCACAUCAUCGUGGCCAAUAUCUACCUGCUCUUGCCUCCCAUUAUGAACCCUGUUGUCUUUGGGGUGAAAACGAAGCAGAUAUGA